AUGGCGUCCGAAGGGCAUUCCCCAUGCGAAGAAUAUUCUACUGGUGAAGAGCAUCCUACUGGAAUUGCUCCCGCUUGGAGCGAGCUAUCCUACCAGAACCGAGUCCAAGAUAUCAACGGGUAUAUGGAAUCAGAAUGGGUUUCUCCUCACUCGAACUUUCAAGCCUCUGCGAAUCCAUUUGCCACUACAGCGCAUACAAAUGGGUCCAUGCCGACGCCAAUUAGUCUUUGCGGUACACCUUUUCUUGAGCCAAGAGAGAGCCCGUCACAAAGCCAUCAAGAUCUCCAAUAUCGUGAUAUUGUGGAUUCCCCAACACAUGGACUCGGAAUCAGUGGACCGACUACCUCAAACUAUGUGCAACCUGGUAUCUUCACAUAUGACCAUCCACAUCGCGACACACUGGAUAGUCAUUUUUCACCGGAAUCACAGGGGGGAGGCUUCGGAUUAAGACCCCUCAACGGCACCACGCAACCUAGCACUCUUGUUACGCAACCCAAUUCUGCAAAAUGCCAUGUGAACAUUGCUCCGAACCCUGCUGGACUUCUUAAAAUCCAGCGCGACAGAAAAAGAAGCCAAGGUGUGGAAGUCUCACAGCGCCGCCGAUCCCGGUCGGCACGAAGAAAUUCGGGGCAAAGGUCGAGGCCAUCACAAAUGGAUCGCGAAAACGAACUUGUUCGAUUAUUAAGAACAGAGCGGAAUUUAUCUUGGAGAGAAAUAGUGAAGAUAGUAAACGCUCAAUUUGGAACAAACUAUUCAGCGUCUUGUCUUCAGAUGCGAAUGACGCGUAUGAAGCAUCGAGCCAUGCAAUGGCCCGAGGAAGAUGUGAGUCCUAGCACUUCAACGAGCAUAUGAAUUCUGGGAAAUGGAAAAGUUUGAGAUCAUAUCACAGAAGAUGCAAGAAUUCGGAGCAGGAGUUUUCUCAGCGUCUCAAUGCGAAUUGAAGUGGCACCAGCUUAAAGGAGGUACUCAUCCCAUAGAAGAAAAUCCAGAGGCUUCCGAAAGCCCACCUCGACGCCGUCAAAGUAGAUCACGAUGAUAUUUUUCAGCGAGACAAUGCUGUAUAUUAAUCCUUCGCUGUCCAAUUUCCGAUUUACGCGCCUCAAGAUACCCCUAAGAUAUGUAACUUUACUUUCCUUAACAAACGAAUUUGGCUGUGGUGAUUUUUCUUUUUCUUUUCUUUUUUUUACCCCCCAGCUUCCUCGUUCACUGGUUUUACUUCCAACCAUUAUUGUUAUCAUAUUUAUCUUCUCAAGCAUCGGACUUGACAAAGGUAGCGGGCCCAACCACCCGCCCAGAACAACUGUUACUCAUCUAUGUUAGAGUUUAAUCCCUGUAGUGUGGCAUUCUGAUUAUUUUCCUCAUUUUCAUUUCGGCUUCUUUUGCAUUUUUGACUAAACUAUGGGGGUGUGUAUAAAUCCCCAACCUUUGGCCCAAAUUUUCGCUGGUCGCAAUUUUAUUCUUUGAAUUAUUUUUCUUUCUGUUUAUUUUAUUUUAUUUUAUUUUAUUUUAUUUUAGUUCUAUCCCCCUUUAUUUAUUUUCUGCGAAUAUUUCACUCCAGCAUAUCUUCGCGAACAAUUCUGCCGGUAGACAGCUUGUUAUUCUUCUUAAUAUUCAUCUUUGGCCUAACGCUAGCGAACAAGGAGUUGUGGUACCCCUACCCGUCUAUCGCUAGAAGAAACAAAUGCAUUUCUUUGUCUCUCCUUUUUGUUCCAUCUUAGUUGCAGCCUUAUUGUUGCCUCGAUGAUUCGCAUGUUGUAAAUUUUUAAUUUCUAAUCACUUGUCUUAUUUUUUUUCUCCUACUUUGCAAACCUCCCCUUUUAUAGAUCCUGCAUUCGAGCGAAGUAUUAGAAACAGAAAAGCAAUAAACAACUAAUAUAAAAAUUUCCC